AUGGUAGGCUUCAGACCUAGGCAGCUCUACGCCGACUUCGCGCAGAGCGGUGCUUCCUGCCAAGAGUUGGAAUUCCGUCAUGAUGUUGGCCGCUUGGAGUCCAAUUUCAGCGUCCUCUACCGCGGCGGCCCCUUCACGAUCAAGGAGCACUAUGAAAGCAAAGGUAUGACUGGCAUAUACAGAAAGUAUGUCUCGAUUCCGGGAGGUUUUCCAGGCGGCUCUCUCAUCGGCAUGCCCACCGCUGUCGUGGACGUCAUCCCCGAUGGUUCAGGGACCAAGUACGAGGCAAUGAUUUUGUACUCUUGCUGGUCAGAGCUGAUGAAAGUAGUGGAGAUUGCAACCCGAAAGCCCGUGGUCGAGGAGAGCAUCCUCGAGGAUCUUCUGCGAACCCUCUCGGACCUGAAGGUGCCCAUCUCACGCGAUGAGAUCAAAAGAGUGGGACUUCAAAGCUUCGAUGCCAGUUGGGCACAGAGGCGGAACGCGCAGCGGAGCGAACAGGUGCUGGGUGCUGUGGCCGAAAAAGUUCAGAGGACGAAGAGCAAGGGCAUCAUCUCGCCACAGUUUGACGAGUGGAACCCGGUGAGGUGGUUUCAUCAUGAUGCACACGGGCUGCAGAAAGAGCUGUACAAGAAUGCCACUGCCAGUGCCGUCACCGCCGAGCAGUUCUCUAACCUCAAGAAGUGGAUUGAGGGUGGCCCAGGCGGCUGGGUCAGCAGCAAACUUAUUGUCAACGACUACCUCAGCGAGAAAGGUCGCUACGAUCGGCGCUUGGAGGUUAAGGAAAGUGUCGCGAAGGACGAAGUGUUAGUGAAGCUGCCCCUGUCGCACGUUCUCUCCGCAGACUUCUGCCAGCAGGACUUGACGGACCAGACGAUUCGUCAGGUGGUCGAUGCACAGAAGCGGAGUUCGGAACCUGUUGACAUCGCUCCCUGGACCUGGAUCACACUUUACACGCUGGCGCAUGCGAAAAAGGAUUCGUCAGCGCCUUCUUCGACAGGCUGGCGCUUCGACACUCUCCUAAAGCAAGAGUAUGUCGACGCUGCUCUGUCUUACUUGCCCCUGUUUUGGGACGAUGCUAGCCUGCACUGGCUGAACGGGACCGACCUGCUGAAUGUCCAUGUUUUGGAUGUCCACGCCGCAAUCGAGACGGAGUACCACAAGCUCAGCUACUUGGUGCCCAGCAUCGAGUCCUCGAUCACCGUAGUGGAGCCUGCGGCUUGGAUCCGGGACCUCGGAGUUUCAGUUCGAGCGGCAAGAUGCUCAGUCGAAGAAGCGCAACUUUCGAAAUUGGGAAGUGUUGGUGGCAUGACGCGGCGGGUGACUGUCGGGCUGCUGCUGCUUGUGGCUAUUCCCCUGCUCGUGCACGCGGCCGAAGCGAAGUGUGAGGCCCCCACAGCUUCACUUCGCAAGGUUCCCGCCAAUGUGGCUGCCAAGGUGGCUUUCCUGCUAUCCACCGGCCGCGGCGAGGAGGCGCAGAGGACCGUAGAGCUUCUCCAUGCGAAGCAUCACGUAUACGUCCUAUGCGCCCCUCGAACGGUGCGGCCAAGCCUGGACGACUGGAUCCGCGAAAGAAAGCUCAAAAACGUCUUCGUCAUCUCGGAGAUGGAGCCGGAUCAAGCACAUACCAGCAAGGACCUCCGCUUGGAGGCCACGCGCUUGCUCCUGGAAUAUCACAGCUGGGACUACCUGGUGGACCUCGCCUCCGGGGCGUGGCAUCCAGCACACUCAGGGCUGCUCUCUCGGUGGCUUGCCUUGCUGAACGGAACCAGCUUGGCAUCCGGCAAUGGUGGAAGCUUUGCUGUCAGCCGUGCCCAUGCUGAGGAGGUCACAGCAUCCCUGGAUGCGCUGGAGCCGCGAAAGCUUUGGGCCAAGGCCUCCUGGCCGGACUUUUGGGCACAGGCUUUAUCGUCUGGCCAGGUCCCCAAAAGUCAGGGGAUCCGGCCUUUCUUGGAGAGCCAGUCCAACAUGAGACAGCCGGGCAUGCUGCAAACGUGGAGCAUUGUGUCACCUGUGGAAGCGUAUGAUGCUGGCGAGAGCUUCAAAGCUUUGAGUUCGGACUGGCUGUCGCUCUAUGCCAACCUCACGCUUUGGCUGGCCCACGCCCUCAUGGCCAAAAGCUCCGGCGACAGAGUGCAGUCAGUUGCGCAGGUCUCACGGCGUGCCUUUGGCAGCCGACGAAUCCGACGCACUGCCGAGGGCCUCGGGCGGCUUGCGGAUGCCCUAACUGCGGAGGUCAUCUUCUCGCCAGCUGAUGGCAAAUGCGAGAUCCAGGGGGCCGUCAAAGGACUCCAGUUGCAUGACUGCCGCAUUGAUGCCGAGAUCUUUUUCAUGGAGCGGCUCUUCGUUGCGGACCCCUUUCCACCAGGCCAAGCCCUGGGUCACAGGAUCGAACCUUGCGGGAUCUCUUUUCCGCAUGUCUUCCGCGUCGGCACCGGCUGGGACGGGGAUGAAUUCCUGUUCCACGGCUUUGCCUCCUUGAUCCCUGCCACGGCUACCGGUGACCUUUGGGCAGUGCUGAUCCCCUUGGUGCUCGUGGAGCCCAAGGGGGAGAAGCCAGAGCACCCAUGGUUCGAGCCGUUGGAGAUCCGCUGGGUUGAUGCAGAGGGCAUGGUGCGCUAUCGGGGUGGUGGCCAAGCGGUGCGGCCAGGCGCCAUCUGGGAACGCUACUUGGGUUCGGCCCUUUCACCUGGUAGCUACACCGUGUCUGUGCACAUCCGGCGUGGGCCUCUCUUGGCACAGCGAUCCUUUGAAGUGCUUCCGGAAGACCUUUCCACGAUGGAGCCGGCUGAGAGGUUGCGGCUCCUGCCACAGUACUUUGAUUUGCUGGAUGAACCCGAGCAUCUCGGAGAUCAAGGAACGCCGACAGCACAGCUGACAGGGACAAGCAGCCACAGCACUCGCAACACGGCCACCACUGAAACUACCACUGCCACUGACACCAGCACCACCGCCAGCACCACCAUCAGCACUAGUCGGGAGCCAAAGAUGCCCCGAAGAGACACUGUCAGUUCGCGCCAACCGCCAGAGCCAGGCAAGCUAAAGCCUGUCGGAGCGUCGGGGUCGGUUUUCAGGCCUGGCGCCAUAGAUCAGGAGUGGCUUCGAAAGGAUGUGCAGCGAGCAGCUGCGCGAAGGAGCCGCGUCGCCCAGACGAGGACCAAGCCCAACACAGCUGCAGAGCGAUGGCAGCGGGAAGUUGAGUGGAUCCGUCGCGAUGUCGAAACUUUUGCUCCGCGAAUGCUGAAGCCGAAAGCGAUGUCGACGACGCUGCAGAAGGACGUGCUUUCCGCUCCACAGAAAGAAGCAUCCGCACCGCAGACCAAGGCGCAGGUACUGCGGCAGCGCCGCGGCCCCCCGAUGGACGCAUCGGAGCGGCAACGCAGAGAGAAGCUUUGGAUCGAGCAGGAGACGCAGAAGCUGCGCGUUGCCAAGGCAGCAGCCUCAGCAGCCAGCACCUUGCACUCGAAGGAGGAGGUGAAGGAGCCAAGAAGCGUUUCUGGCCGCCUUCCCUCACCAGCUGCAGCCGAGAGCGCCUGGAUUCGUAAGGACUUGGCCGUCCAUGAGCCUUUGAGGCGACAGCGCUGUCAAGGCCUGCAACUACGACCGGCUUCAAAGCCCCAGGCUCACAGAAACUUCCUGCGGACGGCAUGCGCGUCGUUGUUUAAGAUCGACAUUGACGUGCUGCCCAAAGACACCGCAGGAGUUCCAACCGUGCUGGCGCACACGGCGCCCAGACCCUCACCAGCGCCGCGACGGCGAUCGAAUUUCACUCACAUCUCCGCCAAAGUGAAGCAGCAGCUCUCCGGCAGUAUCCCAGACGGCGUCGUCGACAAAGAGCUGCCGUGGAUUCUGGAUGAUAUUGAUUUCGGCCAGAGAAUACGACAGCUUCAAGAGAUGGCAGAGCCUGGAGAGGAAAAAGAGACAGCCAUAGAACAUGAGCUCCCUGCGUUCAAAAAAUGGGCGAUGGUGGUCAUGUCACGUGGCGAGACUGUUAAUCUACCGGACCGCGACAACAAGAGCCACACGGCUGCAUUGGGUCUUUUGGAGUGCUAA